AUGUGGAGGAAUGCGAUGAGCGCUUCAGCUGCACCAUUAGACCCAACCGUGCCGAGCUACACGCCCUAUCCGUACAGACAAUAUUCCGACCUGAAUGCUUCGCUCCCUGUGCCGCAAUCUGAGGGGGUGAAGGCUCGAAAGAUCGCUAUCCCGCGCGCUACAGCGGCGAGAACGACUUUCCAGCGGCGUCGGUCAGCGCGAGCCUGCGAGCCAUGUCGGCAGCGAAAGGUAAAAUGCGACGCGGCGCGGCCAGUAUGUCAGAAAUGCCGCGAGCAUGGAUUGGAAUGUUCGUAUAUGGAUAUAAAACGGAUCCGGGAUCAGAAACAGUUGGGUCUACUGAAUGAGAAAGUUGAGCGAUACGAGAAGUUGUUGAAACAGCUAGAGACGGAGGUUGAUCCAACAACUGCAAGAAUAAUCAGAAGGACUUUAUCGGUUUCUGGGCAGCCCUCGUCAGAUGAUGGAGGGGGAGAAAAUGAUAGUGACGCCGAUUCGACCACAUCGCAAGGAUCUUUGGAAGAUAUAGACUUGGUCAAAGAGGAUUUGAAUCGCAGUGACAAAACGGUUGCAGUUGGAUUCUUCGGGAAGAAUUCCGAGAUUGCGUGGAUGCAGAAGCUUGAGGAUGUAUCAGACCAACGAGAGCACGGCCUGUCGAACGGAGAGAAGCCUACUAGCAAAGAUAUCCCCAUCAAUUCGAUGAGUAACCAUCUUGAUGACCUCUCCAUUCCAUUUCCCGACACGGUCAACCCCUACGCAGUGCCGGGGAAGGAAUUGGCUGAUAAGUACUUCAAUGCGUACAUGGAGUCGGUACAUCCAUCAUUUACCGUUGUUCGGAAGCGAACUUUCAGGGCGCAGUACGAACAGUUCUAUAAGAAGAAACAUUUUCGUCCGCCGCGGAAGUGGUUGGCUGUGCUGAACAUGAUUUUGGCGUUGGGCUGUCGGUACUGUAGGCUGACUAGCAAGGUUGUGGCAGGUGAGAGGGAUACGGACGACACGGUGUUUCUGAAUCGUGCUAGAAUACUGUGUCUGAGCGGGAAUGUGCUGUUCGAACAUGACGAUCUCCAGCAGAUCCAAGUGAUGUUGCUAGUUGCGGUCUAUCUUGUUGCGUUGGGGCAGGUAAACGGUGGAUCGAAGUUCUCGAGCAUGGCCCUCCGCUCUGCUAUCUCCCUCGGUAUCAAUCUUCGCUUCCAAGAUGAGAAGACCCCUGCAGCGUCGAAAGAAGCUCGAACCCGCCUGUGGUGGUCCAUUUUUCAGAUCGAACAUAUCGUAACCUCUAUAACCGGCCGCAUCUCUGGCUGCAGCGAAGGGCUUAGUGCAGCCCUCCUCCCAGUCCCAUUCAAUGAAGAGAGCGCAGACCGUAACUCAGGUCUUAGCGAAAUCUUCCGCGACCGCGACCUCCGAUGCAGCCGGCUGCAGCUCACACUUUUUCAGAACCAGGAACAAGCUGUAUCUGCUGCAGCGUGGUUACGCAAUUGCGAGCCCUCCCCGGCACUCUUAUUUCAUAUUAUUGUUGAUCUUAACAUCAUCGCGCAAGCCGUCAUCAACAGCAUCUACAGCAUCCAGGGACUUCGCCAGUCCGCGGUUCAACUCGAACAGCGCCUCCACAGGCACUCCGAAAGCAUGGAUAAUUGGUUACGCAAAAUCCCUCAUUACUAUCGCUUCUUUAUCUCCCCAGAAGACGAUGCCUUUCAUCUUCCCCCCGGAGCGAACAAGGCAGAAUCAAACUACACCCGCGAACGCAUCACCUUAGCCGUCUACUACUACAGCGCCCGCAUCACCCUCUGCCGUCCCUGCCUCUCGCACAGCCACAACACAAACACCUCCCAGAAAUCGAGCGACUCGAGUUCCCGCGCUAGCUUCCGCGCCAUCAUGACACACACAUGCCUUCGCUCCUCGAUAUCGCUGCUAUCCAUGCUCCCCGAAACUCCGGACACCGCCUGGCUGAUCUCCGUCACACCGUGGUGGUCAAUCCUCCACUCCCUCAUGCAAGCCAUUACCGCCCUCCUCGUCUUCCUCGCAACCGAAUCCGUUGAGAAUUCAUCCGAAAAUAUCCCACAGUCUGAUAAAAGCACACCGGUUACUAAGAAUACAGUGAUAUCACAAACAAGUAAGGCUCUGCGUUGGCUGCACCACCUUGGCUUCAGUAGCCUUGCCGCUGCUCGCGCGUUUAAGUUGUGUGAGAGCUUCGUGCGGCGAAUGGAUCCGAGCUUAGGUUUUGACUUGGGCGAUUUAGCCUCUAGUAAGGACUUUCCUAGUCAGGGCGGAGAUGUUGAUAUGUUUGGGGCUGGGGAUUUAGAAAGCGAGGGUGUGCUGGAUGGCUUGGCGAUGGUUGAUGAUGGUUAG